UUCAAAGGAACCGAUACGACAUACCUCACAUCCUCGAGCCUCUCUCCUCGUCCUUCUUUGGAGGAAGAGGAGGCUUACGAAAUAGAGGAAUUUUGAUACAGCUACUUCUUUCUUUUUUCUUCUAUGCUCCAUCUCUUCCACGAUGGCCUCUGGCGACAUCUCCUUAGAACAAAUCAAGAGCGAGAACGUCGACCUUGAGCGGAUUCCCGUGGAGGAAGUGUUCGAACAGCUAAAAUGUACAAGAGAGGGUUUGUCGAAUGCAGAGGGUGAGAAGCGGCUUCAAAUUUUUGGCCCGAAUAAGCUUGAAGAGAAAAAGGAAAGCAAGUUUCUCAAGUUUUUGGGUUUUAUGUGGAACCCUCUAUCAUGGGUCAUGGAGGCCGCUGCAAUCAUGGCCAUUGCUUUGGCUAAUGGAGGGGGAAAGCCACCAGAUUGGCAAGACUUUGUCGGCAUUGUGACAUUGUUGAUCAUCAAUUCAACUAUUAGCUUUAUCGAGGAGAACAACGCUGGCAAUGCCGCGGCUGCUUUGAUGGCCGGACUAGCCCCCAAAACCAAGGUAUUGAGAGAUGGUAGGUGGAAUGAGCAAGAGGCCGCAAUCCUAGUACCUGGAGAUGUCAUUAGCAUCAAGUUAGGAGACAUCGUUCCCGCCGACGCUCGUCUCUUGGAAGGAGAUCCCCUCAAGAUCGAUCAGUCUGCCCUCACAGGUGAGUCGUUGCCCGUGACAAAGAACCCAGGUGACGAAGUGUUUUCAGGUUCCACUUGCAAGCAAGGUGAGAUCGAGGCUAUUGUUAUCGCCACUGGCGUCCAUACCUUCUUUGGCAAGGCAGCCCACCUUGUUGACAGUACCAACCAAGUUGGUCACUUCCAAAAGGUGUUGACAGCUAUCGGGAACUUCUGCAUUUGCUCGAUUGCGUUGGGCAUGCUAGUUGAAGUAGUUGUGAUGUACCCGAUCCAACAUAGGAGGUAUAGAGAUGGUAUCGACAACUUGUUGGUCCUUCUCAUCGGAGGGAUCCCGAUCGCAAUGCCCACGGUUUUGUCUGUCACAAUGGCCAUCGGGUCUCACCGACUCUCAGAACAAGGCGCCAUCACCAAGAGGAUGACUGCCAUUGAGGAAAUGGCCGGGAUGGAUGUGCUUUGCAGCGACAAGACCGGUACUCUCACCCUCAACAAGCUCACUGUGGACAAGAGCUUGAUCGAGGUGUUUCCAAAGGAUGCAGACAAGGACACUGUCAUGUUGCUUGCUGCCAGGGCAUCCAGGGUUGAGAACCAGGAUGCAAUUGAUGCUUCAAUUGUCGGAACGUUGGCCGACCCCAAAGAGGCAAGGGCUGGAAUUACAGAGGUGCAUUUCCUACCUUUCAACCCGGUGGACAAGCGCACUGCAAUCACCUACGUCGACGGUAAUGGCAAUUGGCAUCGAUGCAGUAAGGGUGCUCCAGAACAGAUAAUGGACCUUUGCAAGCUUCGUGGGGAUGCAAUGAAAAAAGCCCAUUCGUUCAUCGACAAUUUCGCCGCACGUGGCCUCCGUUCGCUCGCUGUUGCUCGACAGACGGUUCCUGAGAAGACCAAGGAGAGCGAAGGAGGGCCAUGGGAGUUCGUUGGUCUCUUGUCUCUGUUUGAUCCUCCGAGGCAUGAUAGUGCAGAGACCAUCCGCCGUGCCCUCAACCUCGGUGUCAACGUGAAGAUGAUCACUGGUGAUCAACUCGCAAUUGGCAAAGAGACAGGCCGUAGGCUUGGCAUGGGUACCAAUAUGUAUCCAUCUUCUUCUCUUCUUGGCGAGUGUAAGGACGAGUCAAUUGCAUCGAUUCCCGUCAACGAGCUCAUUGAAAAAGCCGACGGAUUUGCCGGUGUCUUCCCCGAGCACAAGUAUGAAAUUGUUAAGAAGCUCCAGGAGAUGAAGCACAUUUGUGGAAUGACAGGAGAUGGUGUCAAUGACGCGCCCGCACUUAAAAAAGCAGAUAUCGGCAUUGCGGUGGCAGAUGCGACUGAUGCAGCUCGAAGUGCAUCGGACAUUGUCUUGACGGAGCCGGGACUGAGUGUAAUAGUAAGUGCCGUGUUGACAAGCAGGGCCAUAUUCCAAAGGAUGAAGAACUACACCAUCUACGCCGUCUCCAUCACAAUCCGUAUCGUGCUGGGUUUCCUGCUCGUGGCUCUAAUUUGGAAGUUCGAUUUUUCGCCUUUCAUGGUUCUCAUCAUUGCCAUCCUAAACGACGGGACCAUCAUGACCAUCUCUAAGGACAGAGUGAAACCUUCUCCGGUCCCUGACUCGUGGAAGCUCAAGGAGAUCUUUGCCACCGGCAUUGUUCUCGGAACCUAUCUUGCUCUAAUGACAGUGCUCUUCUUCUGGCUUGCGCAUGAUACCAACUUCUUCCCCGUAAGCCAAAGUCAAUUUUAUGAUAAUACACAUCGCAAAGGAAGUAUACUCAUACUAUUAUUUUUGCAGGAUACUUUCGGGGUGAGGCCGAUCAAAGGAAGUGAAGAUGAGCUAACUGCGGCCCUUUAUCUCCAAGUCAGCAUCAUUAGUCAGGCACUCAUCUUUGUAACCCGAUCACGAAGCUGGUCCUUUGUCGAGCGCCCUGGACUCUUGCUUGUUGGUGCCUUCAUCGCUGCACAAUUGGUGGCAACACUCAUUGCCGUGUACGCAACCUGGGGCUUUGCUAGGGUUCAAGGCAUCGGAUGGGGUUGGGCCGGAGUGAUCUGGAUCUUCAGCAUCAUCACGUACUUCCCACUCGACGUCAUCAAGUUCUGUAUUCGCUAUGCGUUGAGCGGCAAGGCUUGGGACAAUCUGUACCAGAGCAAGACCGCGUUCACAACCAAGAAGGAUUAUGGCAAGGGCGAGAGGGAGGCGCAAUGGGCUUUGGCUGAGAGGACGCUCCACGGUCUUCAGCCCCCACAGGCACUGUUCAACGACAAGAGCAGCUACCGGGAGUUGUCCGAGAUUGCCGAGCAGGCCAAGAGACGUGCCGAAGUCGCGAGGCUAAGAGAGCUCCACACACUCAAGGGACAUGUUGACUCAGUGGUGAAGUUGAAGGGGUUGGACAUUGAAACCAUUCAACAACACUACACAGUUUAAUUUAUUAAGUUGAUGUCUUAAACAAAGGAGGUUCAAGUUUUGUUGUGAAAUGUAGGGAGAGAAGAAGAAAGGAGACAGAAGAAAGGUUUUGUUUUCUUCUGCAAUUUUUUUUUCAUUUUCAUUUAUUUGGGUACCUUUUGUAUUAGAAUGCUAGGAGCUUAAGAUUUCUUGUUGCCAGAGAUUUGUUGUAUUUCACAUUUGGAAAUGCAGAAAUCUGUUUGGACCA